AUGCAUGCACAUGCGCAUUGGGUGAGACCACAUGGCAAUAAGUGUGGGCGUAUCCAUACUGUAAGGCUUCAAGUACUGAGAGAAGGAUCUAGGAAUCAAGCACCAAGGAUGGAAAGCAUUGAAGAGAUUGAUCCCUGGAAUUCAAGAGGUCCCUCUGUGUCCCUGAAGGAGGGAGUUGAACUCAACCAGCUGCACAAUGGGGUCAUCCUGGAGAUAGACACAGAGGCCAUGCAGGCCCAGGAGCCCUACCCUGACGACGCAGAGGAGAGCUUUGAGGGAGCGAACGUCCUUGAGCAACUCAAUACAGAAUGCAUUGGUUUCGCUGGAAACAAUUUGUCCGACUCAGAUAAUGAACUGUCACCGUUUGAGAAGAUGGCUAAAUGGAUGACAGUAGUUCCCGGUUCAGACGGUAACUUACUCAAGAAGGUCCUCCGUAGUGGACAUGGUGAUGUGGUGCCAGAAGGGGCCACUGUCAGGGUGCAUUACAAUGGGUAUCUGGAGUAUUCGGAUGAACCUUAUGACUCCAGUAGACUAAGGAAUAGACCGUUACAGUUUAAACUGGGGCAAUCGGCAGUAAUUGAGGGCUGGGAUUGUGGGGUGGCCACAAUGCAGAGGUCAGAGAUUGCUCGAUUUCUGGUCAACCCUAGCUAUGCAUUCGGAGACUUUGGAUGCCCCCCGCGAAUACCCCCUGGAGCUACAAUCAUGUUUGAGAUCGAGCUAAUCAGUUUCAUUGACUACAAGGCAGCGGAUGAGUUUGGUAGCCUUACCAGGAAGGAGAAGAAAGAAGCCUCACUGGAGCAGCUCCUUGCUGUGGCCAAUGCAGAGAGAGAGGCUGGAAACGAACUGUUUAAGCAGAAUAAUUUUGGAAAAGCUUCUAGCAAGUAUCUCAAGGCUGUCCGUUUGCUAGAGUCAGCUCGAUUGAAGGACGAGAUAGAGGAGAAACAAUGGAAGGAAGUGCUACUAAAGCUGUACCUCAACCAGUCGCUGGUGAGCCUCAAGCUGAACAAGCAUCGACUGGCAGUGGCUCAAUGCAAGAGGGCUCUGGAUAUAGACCCCAGGAACGUCAAGGCCAACUUCAGACUAGGACAGGCAUUCAUGAAACUGAGCGAGUUCAAGAAAUCAAGGGAUCACCUGCUGAAGGCUGGUCGACUGUCUCCAGGCAACCAGGAAAUCAGAUUGGAGCUACAAAAACUCGAUAGAGCUGUGUCCAAGUUCAGGACAUUGGAGAAGACCAUGUACACCAAGAUGGUCCAGUUCUCAGCCCCGACUGUCUCUGACCAGACGCUGGAGUCCAGUGGUAACAGUGAAGACAUGAACGAGAUGAGAGAGCAGCUGGUUAAAGAACUUACAUUGAUGCGGGACAAGGUGAGCAUGAAGCAGAUGGUGCUACCACAGAUCCUCACUCCAGAGCAGGUGGACUGUGCCAGACAAGUGGCCCGGGAACUAGGCCUCAAAACAGAAAAGGCCCACAAUGGUGGACUUCGCAUUUACAAAGAAGAGGAUGAAAUAAAAGUUGCCUUUUAACUAUAUAGCUCAGCUGAACAAUUUCCAUGCCAACAAACAAACACUUCAUAUUAAACAAAACUUUAUUAUAACUAUAUUUUACUCUGUUUCACAAUCAAACACUAUUAUACGUAUAAAAUUGAUUCUACGUUGUUAAUCUCGUU